AGAACUAUUGAAGUUUACAAGUCACAACCGCAAGUGAGCUAUUAUUACAAUGGGAAAAGAUUACUAUAAAAUCUUAGGAGUGACAAAAGGAGCAACUGAUGCAGAAUUAAAGAAGGCUUACAGAAAACUGGCGCUCAAAUACCACCCAGAUAAAAAUCAAGCCAAGGAGGCUGAAGAGAAAUUUAAGGAGAUUGGAGAAGCAUAUGAAGUUUUAUCCGACGAGAAGAAAAGACGGAUUUACGAUCAGGUUGGAGAAGAUGGCUUGAAGAAUGGAGCAGGACAAUCUGGUCCGAAUAUGAAUGGAGGUAUGCCAAAUUUCUCUGGAGGCACUAGUUUUAAGUUUUCUCAGUCUGAUCCUAGAGAAACCUUUGCCAAGUUCUUUGGAUCAUCAGGGGUUGGAGGAUUUGGAGGAUUUAGCGGAGGUCUUGGAGGAUUUGAUGAUCAGAUGGAUGUUGAUUAUAUCGGAGGCAUUCCUGCAAGCUUCGGAGGGAAAUCUUUCAAUCAACAAGACCCACCAAUCAUAAAAGAAGUGAAUGUAACCCUAGAAAAUUUAUUGACUGGAUGUGAGAAAAAGAUGAAAAUCACCAAGAGGAAUUAUCAAAAUGAUGGAACCUUUUCUUCAGAGGAGAAAAUUUUAAAGAUAGCUAUUAAACCGGGAUGGAAAACGGGUACUAAGCUAACCUUUAAGGAGGAAGGAGAUAGGAUACCAGGAAAAACACCCGUGGAUGUAAUAUUUGUGUUAAAAGAGAUUCCACAUGCUGUGUUUCAAAGAGAUGGAGCUAACUUAAAGUAUACACAUUCUCUUAGCCUUAAAGACGCGCUUUGCGGAACCAUGUUCCAAGUGCCAACACUAGAAGGGAAGAGAAUACAUGUCGACUGUUCCAGAGACGUAUUGAAACCAACAGAAACAAAGCAUCUACAGGGUUAUGGUUUACCCUUUUCCAAGAACCCUAAUCAGAGAGGAGAUAUCAUUAUAGAUUUUAACAUUAUCUUUCCUGUAACCCUUUCUGAAUCUUCAAAAAACCUAGUUAAAUCUGCUUUAUCGUAAGCAUGCCAAAUUUUGUACAAUUCAACCAGUGAAGAAAUCAUAAUUUACAUGUAAAAUAUUAUUAACAUAUCUAGUAUUGGCAGAAUAAAUUAUUAAGAAUACA